UUUAAUAAUAAUAAUAAUAAUAAUGAGUCAAAUGUUUAGAAUAAGUUGAGUUUAUUUUAUAAUUAUUGAAUCAAUUAAUUGAAUGUCAAUUGAAUGCCAAUUGUGUGUCAAUGAGUGCAACGAGUGAUCGCUUAACAGAUGACUCAACAGAGUCUAUACAAAGACAGUCAUCCGAUAAGUGUACCAAAAGUGGUGACACUUUCAUCCAUUUAGUGUCUAAUUUGGUUGAAGACAAUCACGUUAUGACUAUUAAUGAUUCACAGAUUAAUAUGUUAUCGCGUUUUGAGAAAACCAACGAAAUGUUAGUCAAUUGUAAUGCUUUGGCAGUCAUUAGGUUUGAAUCAGCAAAUCGUGAUCUCAAGAGAUAUACACAACAAUUAGUUGAUCUCCAGAAAGACUUGGAUUCAGUGUUUCACAGAAUAAAGUUUCUUAAACUCAAACUAACUCAACAAUAUUCACAAGCGUUUAAAGAUUGUGGUAAUGUUUUCAAUCCAUUCAAUGAGGAAGAAGAAGAGAUUAACGAAGACUUGAAAGAUCUUAGUAUUAAUUAAUGUCUGAUAUUUUGUUAACAGAAAUCCAAUUGUU